GUGCUUUCCGCGCCAGCGCCUGCCCCUACGGGAGCGCCCACCACCAGCGCACUCUGGGCACCAAGCUUACAACCCUGUGACCCACAUCUGCUGGGCCUGCCCCCGUGUCCUGGCAUCCAGGAACUUGGAAACCUCAGGCCUCCCAGAAGGACAGACCCAGGACCCAAAUUCCACGACUGUGGGAAACCACAGUGUCCCUGUGGUGCGUGUGGGGAAACUGAGGCCCAGAGCUUCACCGUGAUUUGCUCCACGGCUCAGAAGUGCAGAUUCAAGUCCUGAGUUGGUCUUCAGAAGAAAGGCCGCCUGGCCACCUGGGCCCACUCCUAGGAGACACACGGCGUGGUCAUUCUCAAACAGGAUUCCACAGAGUGCCAGGGGUUCAGGAUUCAAAGAAAGGUGUGAUUUUGGGAAACCCAUGUUUGGAAAGCGACCAGCUCCAGCAGAAGAUCAUGUGCCCUGGGCCUGUCACCUGUCUGACCACAUCACCCAAUGGCCUCUAUGUCCUGGCGGGGAUUGCAGAGAGCAUAUACCUGUGGGAGGUCUCCACGGGGAGCCUCCUGGUCAUCCUGAGCCGCCACUACCAGGACGUGUCGUGCCUGCAGUUCACGGGGGACAGCAGCCACUUCCUGUCGGGGGGCAAGGACUGCCUGGUGCUGGUGUGGGGCCUGUGCAGCGUGCUGCAGGUGGACCCCGCCAGGACCCCAUCCCCCCGGCACGUCUGGUCUCGCCACACCCUCCCCAUCACAGACCUGCACUGUGGCUUUGGGGGGCCCCUGGCCCGGGUGGCCACCUCCUCCCUGGACCAGACAGUGAAGCUGUGGGAGGUCUCAUCGGGCGAGCUGCUCCUGUCCGUGCUCUUUGAUGUGGGCAUCAUGGCCGUGACCAUGGACCUGGCCGAGCACCACCUCUUCUGUGGAGGCAGCGACGGUGCCAUCUUCCAGGUGGACCUCUGCACCUGGCCUGGGCAGAGAGAGAAGAGCUUCCAGCCGGAGCGGGACAGCGGCAAGGUGUUCAGAGGCCACAGGAACCAGGUGACCUGCCUGUCCGUGUCUGCCGACGGCAGCGUGCUGCUCUCGGGCUCCCACGACGAGACCGUGCGUCUCUGGGACGUCCAGAGUAAGCAGUGCGUCAGGACGGUCACCCUCAAAGGCCCCGUGACCAACGCCUCCAUCAUGCUGGCGCCCGUCAGCAUGCUGAGCUCAGACUUCAGGCCCGGCCUGCCCCUGCCCCAUUUCAACAAGCACCUUCUGGGCGCCGAGCACGGGGAUGAGCCGCACCGCGGGGGCUUCACGCUGCGCCUGGGUCUCCACCAGCAGGGUUCGGAGCCCAGCCACCUGGAGAGGGCAGAGCAGUUGCUCGGGGUGAUGAGCAGCACGAUGGAGAAGAGCGUCUUGGGCGGCCAGGACCAGCUGCGGAUCCGCGUGGCCGAGCUGGAGGACGAGGUGCGGAAUCUGCGCAAGGUCAACCGCGACCUGUUCGACUUCUCCACGCGCAUCAUCACCCGGCCUGCCAAGUGAGCCCGGCCUGCGGCCUGGCAGCCCCUGCGUCCCCCGCCCCUGCACGGAGACCUGCUGGGAGCUUUCAGCCCCAGGAGCACUUGUUUCUCCAGGCGUUGGGCCACUGGUGUUUCUGUGGCCUCUUGGUGCUGUUUUGUUUUUAACAAAAGAACUAAAAGCCCC